CUUGAAGAUUCCUACCAGUCAGUGGUAAGGCUGCAUUGGUCUUUCGCUCUGCACAACAAAGGGCAAACUGCCUGCCUGCAACACGGACUCCAGUUUACUUUUUGUCGAGAAAAGCUGAAAAGACUCGCGCAGCCCAGCCAGGAGACGCCAAAUUGUCGUGGAAAUCAGACAACAUUUGCAGACUCGUCCUCUGACGGACUCUCUGGCUGAAGCUGAGCAGGCGAUGGAGGCCAACACUCAGCUGGAGAAUAUGGAGACCAACACUCAGGUAGGAGAUAUUAAUUUAAAUAACUCCUACCUGAUGUCCAAAGUGAACACGCUGGAAGACUCAGUGCAGCAGUUGUACGAAGAGCUUGCUCAGACCCAGAUGAGGUGUAAUGAGAUAAUGAGGGAGCGGGAGCAAGAGCAGGAGGCUCACAGAAUCCUGGAGUCCCAGUGCGAAGAGAUGAAGACAACUUUAAAAACACGUGACGAGUUACUGAAGGUGUGCGAGGGAGAGGUGAAGGGUCACAGUAUCCUAAAGGUAUCUCUGGCAGAGGUUGAGAGGAAAUACAAGCAGGCAAUGGAGUCCAAUGCUCAUCUGGAGAAUGAGACCUUUGACCUGAUGUCCAAGAUGGGCAUACUGCAAAACUCCAUGCAGGAAAUGACAAAUAAGUGUGCUGAGGCAACAGAGAAUUACGAAAAAACAAAGCGCAUUCUUGAGUUCGUGUUGGCCACUGCCAAUGAGCGGGAGAAAACUUUAAAUCUGGAAAUAGACUUACUUCAGGCUUCUCUGGCUGAAGCUGAGAGGCAGUACGAAUUUUUGGUAACGGACUACUAUGAGACGGUUGACACACAGAAUAACUUGAGAGCUGAGCUGAGCACUCUGCACGGAAAAGUGGGUGAUCUGCAGGGAGCGCUCAGAACGGUAACAAGGGCAUGUGAGCAAUUGAGAAGCAUGAGGGACAAAUUGAGUUUAAUGAUUACAACUAUACUAAAUGAGCGUAAACGAGAGCAGGCCUGUCUGGCUGAAGCUGAAAGGAAAUACAAAGAAGUCAUGGAGUCCAAUGCUCAGUUGGAGAAAGAGAAGUCUGACCUGCAGUCCCAGGUGAACACACUGCAAGGCUCAGUGCAGCAGCUGAAGGAAGAGCACUCGGAGACACGCACGAAGUGUGAUGAAAUGCUGGUCUCUCUGGCUGCAGCUGACAACCUGUAUGAGGAAGCGAUGCAGUCCAAGGCUAAGAUGAAGAAUGAAAUAUUGGACCUGAAAUACCAUUUGCACACACUGCGAGACUCAGUGCGGGAGCUGGAGAUAAUGCUCUCUGAUGGAGAGAUGCACUGCGAUGCUAUAAAGCAGGAGACAGAACAAGAGCGGGAGGCUUACCGUAUCCUGAAGAUCCAAUACAAAAAGAUGAAGGAAACUAUUCAGAGGUUCAGAGAGCUACUAAUUAACUAUCACACAGAGCUUGGAUUCGAGGAGCAGGUUGAUCUGUGAACCCCAGAUAAUUGCCACGGGCGUGUUUUAACACCUGGAUAUUCUCUUACAGUGCAUCCGGAAAGUAUUCACAGCGCUUCACUUUUUCCACAGUUUGUUAUGUUGCAGCAUUAUUCCCAAAUGGAUUAAAUUCAUUAUUUUCUUCAAAAUUCUACAAACAAUAUCCCAUAAUGACAAGGUGAAAUAAGUUUGUUUGAAAUCUUUGCAAAUUUAUUAAAAAUAAAAAACAAAAAAAAAGCACAUGUACAAACUUCUUUGGAAAAAGUGAAGCGCUGUGAAUACUUUCCGGAUGUACUGUAUGUACACACGAGAAUUUCCAGAUGUUAAUCCCUGUCCCUGGUCUCCCUGAAGGAGGAGGCGAAACAGAACGACAGCUAACAUGCAGACGCUGAAGAAUGAUGAAGAAUGGAUGCAAUAAACAAUAAAUAAAGAUGGUGAAAAAACGUAUUCGUUAUUAAUCAAAUCCUCUUUGAGUGUAUUAUAUUUAUUUUAAUCUACAAACUGAUAACAGUUAGUAAUAAGACCUGAACCAGGAAGGAGCCAUUCCCUUACAUCGGACAACAUUUUGUAGUCUAUCUUGAUAGAAUAUCGUGAUCUACAGUAUCAAAGCUAUACAAGUUCAAUUGUGGGUGAAUCCCAAAUGGCUAUGUUACAUUUCUAGUGGACUAGAUAGGGCAGAGGGAACAGUUUGAACAAUUUUAUACCCUAUGUAGUGCACUUACAGAGAACGAGUGGAUGAACGAGAACAGCACCGCCCGUUUGAUCUAUUCCUGUGUACCCUGGUAUGAAACAAUGGCUUCCUCAAACCAAACUACCUAAGCGCACUA